UAGUUGUCUGUGGUGUAUACUAACAAUAAAGAAAAAGUUGAUCUAUGGUCUGUUGGUUGUAUCUUGGCAGAACUAUUGGGCCGAAAAGUGUUAUUUAAAGGUACAGAUUAUGUUGACCAACUGCACAAGAUUGUCGGUAUUUUAGGGUUACCUCAUGAUACUUCAUUCUGGGACAAUUCCUCUUCUGUCACUGAAUAUAUUAAAAACUUACGUGAUGAAAGUGGUUUGCCUCCUCCCACAGAACCGAUUGAUUUCCGUAUUGUAUUCCCCCAUGCUCCCACCGAAGCUCUCGAUUUACUUCAAAACCUGCUUUGUUUGGACCCUUCGAAAAGAAUGACAGCAAAUGCUGGAUUAGAGCAUCCGUUUGUGGCUGCUGUUAGAGAUCCAGCAGAAGAGGUAGAAUGUAGUCAACCCUUUGAUUUCGAGAGCUUUGAAUUGAUUGAAAGUGAACAUGUCUUGCGCCAAUGUAUUGUAGAGGAAGUGAUGAGGAGUAAAGGUUUGGAACAUGAUGCUUUUAGACAACAUUCCAUGUCCUCGGUAAACUCGCAACCCUCUCGUCGUUACACCGGAAGUUCCAUAUCUACUCCAUCUUCCGCUUUUGUGACUGAAGCUAAUUUAAAUGCGAUUCAUGCCGCACAACAAGGAAGAGAUGUGUUUCAACAACCUCCAGAUCCAAGCCAAUUUCAAUAUAUGGUUAUGAAUCCCGAACAAUUUGUUGGAGAACCAGAGGAUAUGGAUGAGGACGAUAUGAAAUUAAUGGAUAGCGAUGAUAGUGACAUCCAUGUAGGUAAAAGACGUACACUUGUUGGGCCCUCAAAUGCUGAUUAUAGAGCCUUGGAGAGACAUUUAAGUAAAGAUUGGUAAAUAAAUCAAUAAAACAAGUGGUAAUGAUACCCCCACCCACCCUUUUAUUA